GAUAAAGAAAGAGACUCACUUUAUUCAAAGAAAAGCAAAAAGCAAAUCAAAGCCUUUACUUUUUGAAAAACAAAGAACAAGAAUAACUGCCCACUUCACAUUUCUCAUCUGUAAAACUGUUUUUUCUGUUUCUUCUAGAAAAAAUUUAUAAAUUUUUUUUUGUUGCUGUUGUUAUUGUCAUCGUUGUUGUUGUUUUGUGGAGUUAUGGCUGAUGUUUUGAGCAAGACCAAUCUUGUUCCUUCGUCUUGUUGUAAUGGUUACAAGAACCAGAAGAAAGAUGGUGCCUUCGUUCUAAAAAGAAGUUGCAGUCUUAAGGUGUCAUCUAGGAAAUUCAAUCCUCAGGCUUUCGGAUCACAGAAGAUAUCACUUAUUUCUGAUUUUUAUGGCAAGAGGGUUAUUGUUCAAGAAAAACAACUCAAGAGAGGGAAUUUUCAUCAAUUUUCAAUUAAGGCUCAGACUGGACUGAGACUCAAGAAUGCUCCAAAAUGGUGGGAAAAGGGGUUGCAACCAAACAUGAAGGAGAUCACCUCUGCACAAGACCUUGUGGACUCCCUUAUGAAUGCUGGGGACAAACUUGUAAUUGUUGAUUUCUUCUCCCCUGGCUGUGGUGGCUGCAAAGCUCUCCAUCCAAAGAUAUGUCAAUUUGCGGAGAUGAACCCUGAUGUCCAGUUUCUUCAGGUGAAUUAUGAGGAACAUAAAUCCAUGUGUUAUAGCCUCAAUGUACACGUACUGCCAUUCUUUAGAUUUUACCGAGGGGCUCAAGGCCGAGUAUGCAGCUUUAGCUGUACUAAUGCCACGAUUAAGAAAUUUAAAGAUGCAUUAGCCAAGCACACCCCAGACCGAUGCAGCCUCGGGCCAACCAAAGGGCUGGAGGAGAAAGAGCUUAUUGCGUUGGCUUCUAACAAAGAUCUCAACUUUACAUGCACACCAAAACCAGUUCAACCAACUGCUCCUGCUCAGGAAGAGAUAAUACCAGCAGCACUCACCCCAGCUCAUGUGAAUCAAACCCUACCUCUUCCUAUUCCUCUCUCUACAACAAGCCUGAUGUCUGCCCAAGACUUGGGGGAGAAAACCUUGGUUACUUCUGGGAGAUAGAAAGGAUCAGUGAUGAUUACCGACUCUUGUCCCUCUUCUCCUUGUACAGUUCUAGUUUGUGUUCUGCGAUAUACAUGUUACAAGCUAGUAGAGUUGAAGCCAUACAAAUAUGUGUGUAAAUUGCAGGCUUUUGGAUUUAUUUUUUUUGGAUCCUCGCCUGCUUGUAUGAGGCAUCUAUGUAAUGUUUAAAAAGAAAAAAGAAAAGGGUCUUUAGUUUUGUAUUUUUAUUUUUUCCUCUUUUUUCUUGCCCUUGUUGGUAACACAACAGGGUUGCUGCACUGAGUAAAUGUAAUAUUACUACAAAUUAAUAUUACUUUGUAUAAUUUCCUA